AUGGACCUAGACAACGAAGACCACGCCGCGCGCUCAUCCACACGACGAAAAAACAUCAUCACGCCCGGCGAAGUCAUCACCUCAGAUCCACAAUGGAUGCGCGGCCACGGAACCUAUACAAACGACAAUGGCGACCUUGCUCCCAUCAUUCGCUCCACCCUCGCUGGCACACUGCAAAAAACAAACAAACUGCUUUCGGUGGUCCCCUUGCGCGCUCGCUACACCCCAGAGAUUGGAGAUUUGGUUAUUGGACGUAUCAUUGAGGUGCAGAGUAGAAGGUGGAAGGUGGAUGUUGCUGGUGCUUUGACGGCUGCGUUGCCAUUAAGCAGUAUCAAUUUGCCCGGCGGUAUCUUGCGCAAGAGAACCAGUGUCGAUGAAUUGAACAUUCGCACAUUCUUUGAAGAGGGAGAGUUACUAGUUGCAGAAGUGCAGAGUUUGUUCCAGGAUGGCUCAGCUUCACUGCACACGCGCAGUUUGAAGUACGGUAAACUGCGCAAUGGAUACUUUAUGGCUGUGUCGGGUGUCGGAGGUGGUGCUGGUGUUGUAAGAGCAAAGAGACAAAUCUUUACUCUGCAGACUUCCAGCAGAGGUGGAGAGGUCGACGUUAUCCUCGGAGUCAAUGGUUACAUCUGGAUCUCCAAGCACGUCGAGGCAGACAAGUCAAAGGAUGUCAGCAUCACCAGGAUCGAGGAGCAAGUCAGCACCACCAUGUACUCGAGCCAGAACGAUGACAUCAGCCCGGACACGAGGAAAGAGAUUGCAAGAGUCGCUGGCUGUAUUAGAGCCCUGGCUGAGAAUGGUGUCAAGGUCGACGAAGAGAUGGUUCGCAGAGCAUACGAUGCCAGCCUUGACAUUGAACAGGACGAGGGAGAAGACGGUGCCGGCUUCUUGGGAGGAGAGAGAGGAAGACUUAUCGUCGAUAUGGCAUUGAGAGGCUCGGGUUGA